CUGGAAAAUUCAGCACAUCUCCUCGAUCUUUGUAGACGUGAGCAGCACAUUGCGAAUUGGCGCGAUGUUUUUCGGAAUGUAUAUGUUUCAGCUGAUUUACGAUAUCAUCAGCCCGCGCCUGGAUGUUAUUUCUGUGCUGUGCUUUAUUUUCAUGACACCUGCUACGCUACUUGUCGCCUGGCUCGAGAUAUUGGGUCCCGCUUUGGUUAAGAUAACGGGACGAAAAUUACAAUUAUCUCUCUUGGGAGGGUCGGAUUUAUGCGGAAUUGCCACAGAAUUUGGGACCAGGGGGUUCGACAACGUACUAUCCGAUCCAUUUUUACUGGAAAAGUUCACGGAAAGUUGUACAAAGCAGUAUUGUACCGAGAAUGUGAUGUUUCUGAAAAGCAUGCUGGAUGUCAGGAUUGCUCUGAACAGUGGCACGAACCCUGCUGGAUCCCGUUUGGGUGUAUAUAACGCAACUGCGGCCGCGAUGGUUCAUGCAGUCAUCGAACGCCAUAUUACUGAGCCAGAACCUUGCAUGGAAAUAAACAUCUCCAGCCAUACCAAAGAAGCUAUCCUAAAACAAAUGUCUUUUCUGAGGUCUGAUCUCAUCAGUGAUACUCUUUCACGAUCCUUAAAUGACGCUGAGGAGAGGGUGUGCUGUGCACGUACUAUAAGCACAGAGACACACAAUGCAUCAAGUCGCUCUGUAUUCGAUGCCGGAAGGAGUACACAUUGCGUCGUCUCAGGCGUGUAGCAUUGUUGGGUUGGCGCUGAUAGGGGUGGCUGAGUCCGACUAUGUGUCGUGAUAGGUAUGCACUUACGCACACGCAGUCUUCACAAUUUCUGUGCAUGCGGCAUACACACACUUGUCUACAGGCCUGUACACGCUUCGUGGGGUUGGUGUUGGUCGAGUUGGCUUAGCCUGAUAGUGCUAUAUGAGGUGGUGGCUCGCUUGUAACUAUCCGUGGUCACGCGUACAAAUUUACGUACAUGUACUGUAUAAACGCAAACAAAGAGCGUGCACUUACUUGGACGUCGGCCCUUGUAUUAGUUAGCACCGUGCUCCGUUGCUCAUGAAUCAACGAGUAGAAUGGCGAAAUAUGGACAAGCCUUUCGGUUGGGAAGGGCACUGUUCUUCAUUCGUAUUGAGAGGGAGUGAGAACAGAAGUGGUUUCCAACGGACGCUGACGCUGGUAUUGGUAGACUGUUGUAUUGUUGUCGCAUGAGAACGUUGAAAGUUCAAACCACUACUUUAAGGGGGAACAAUGCGAGAAACAUCUCAACACAGUAGGACGUUAGUAGAAUGUGAAUAUCGUGAGGCAAAGGCCUUGUAUGUGGAAUAUGACGCCGGCUGUGUUUUGAUUCCCGACGAUGAGAUUCUGUCGCAAAUCAUAGCCCCAUAGUGUCGGAACGGUAGAAAUCUGCAACAGGUAUUUCUGAUGUACCACAUAUUCUGGAAAGCGUAUUAUUCGCACUGUCCAUAUCGUAUCACAUCACACUGAAAUAGUUUGAAAUACACUCACUUAUUUAGGACGGAUUAGAUUCGUGCCCUCUAGCACACUACGCACCGAAUGAUGUAGUGCGAACUAAACACUACGCACCGAAUUAGUUUGGACAGCACACACCGUACUAGAACAUACCCCGCCGAAAUAGUAGAGGAUUCCAACACAAGAAAUUGGGUGUAUAUGUCAAACAUAUGAUACAUUAUCGCAAGGGCUCCCCGACUCCCGAGGGAUAUCCUGAGCCUUGAGAGGACAAACCUCCCCCCUCCCCUACUGACCACAUCUAUAUCGGAGAUCAUCCCGAGUAGAAACACCACAUUUCUCCACCGAAUGUUGGUUAUAAUACACGCUUCUGAGGAUGGGGGUUCCCCUCUACGAGGUGUUUAGCACAAGGG